CGGCCCGAGGGGCGGGCGCGCGCAGCCUCCCUCGGCUACUCCCGCGCCGGGGGAAAUCCAGAGCGUCCCGGUCGCCAUGAAAACAGGCCACACCCCGGCCGGCCGGGCCCGUGGCUCGCCAGUGCGCAGUCGCGCGCGCCCUGCCGCGCAUGAGCAGUGCCGUCCCGAGCCCGCCAGCCACGGUCUCCGGCGCCAGCGACGCCGCUGCCGCUGUCACUAUGGCCCAUUACAAAGCCGCCGACUCGAAGCGCGAGCAGUUCCGGAGGUACUUGGAGAAGUCGGGGGUGCUGGACACGCUGACCAAGGUGUUGGUAGCCUUAUAUGAAGAACCAGAGAAACCUAAUAGUGCUUUGGACUUUUUAAAGCAUCACUUAGGAGCUGCUACCCCAGAAAAUCCAGAGAUAGAGCUGCUUCGCCUAGAAUUGGCAGAAAUGAAAGAAAAAUAUGAAGCUAUUGUAGAAGAAAAUAAAAAACUGAAAACAAAGCUUGCUCAGUAUGAACCACCUCAGGAGGAGAAGCGUGCUGAAUAGGAUUCUUCUCAGUUGAAAAGACACUGAAAUGGUUUUGUAUGACUUAAAUAGUUUGUAUAGUAUAUAAUCUUUUCUGAACAGAUGCUAUAGAACUUUUAAUAUGUUAAAUUCACCUAUUACACUUUAAUUGUUAAAAACACAUAUAUUAGAAUCACCAAUAAAAACUCAAUAUAACUUUCUUUGGGUCUUACAGCAGGAGAAUCCAAAGUAAAUCCUGGGAGAAAACAAACAACAGCAACAACAAAAAAGCCAUUUAACAUUACAUGAUCUUAGAAACACUGUUUAUUAUCUGAUGAGGAGUGAUGGGAUGGAGGUGUGUUUUAGCCAAGAGAGGUUAGCGUGGGGCUGUUACUUGGUCAGGAUGUGAGCACAGGUACAGUCAUUAUUUAACAUGAAGCUGACACUGUUGUUUAUAUUGCUGUAGGCAGCUAGAGAGAUCUGUGAGACUUGAGAUGCACCUGCGGCGGGCUCCCCUGAAUCUGCUGUUCUGGUUUCUGUACUGCGGAAUAACUUGGAACAAGUAACUCAUCUUUGCCACCACUUUGCCUUAGAGAACUCUGUGUGUGCCAGCCUGAGCGCUGGCACCACGUUUUCCUUCUAUGCAAUCAGUGCCCUCUCUGAUACUGUUGCCUUGCUUUGCUCAGUGCCUCCUUGGGUCCCAGCUGCACACUGGCCUUUCUAUGUGUUUAGGAACAGCAGUUACCCUGAUUGUACUUGAUAGAACUUUAAACAGAUCACACUGUUCUCCUGCCUUACUGCAUUGUUUAACAUUGAGCACAACAACAGAGGGAAUAGAGAAUUAGGGGUUCACACGCACAAGCUGAAAUGCAGAGGGAAAGGAGCACACACUGUGGGUGUAAUCACAGUGCUCCCCCCACCUUCAAUUUUUUUUCCCCCUAACCUUGAAUUCAUUUUAUCUUCAUUAUCCCUGUGAAGUAGGUAGGGCAAAUCUGAGAGGAGGUUGGGUGUUGAAAUUUUGGGCCAAAGACUGAUGUUGAUACAAAAUGUGCACUAACUGUAGAACUCGGGCACAUCAGUUUACUGUUGGGAGACACUUUCCUCAUCUGUCAAAUGAGAAGUCUGCUGCCUACCUCACAGGGUUGUUGUGAGGGUCAAAUGAGAAUGUAUGUGAAAGAUUUGUAAACGGUAAAGCACUGUAUUGUCUGUCAGUCCUUUUUCCCCCAAAGACCUGUAGUUAGAUGUUUGUUUUACUGCUCACGGAUAGACAUUUUAAAGAAGCUUUAUU